UGAUUGGGGGCAAGAUCAACCUAGAAACAACUAGAUGUUGUCCCCCCUGUGUGCAGUGCUAUAAAAGAAAGGGUAAAGCCCCUCAAGGGUUAAGUUUUUGCACUCAUGAGCUUCUGCCCUAACUAAUCCAAUCAAGAAAAGCACUGUCAACACAGAGAAGGACCAUCUACACGUCCUAGCAGCUAGAACAGAGCAAGAACAAAGAUAGGAAGCUCAAGUCUCAAGGUAUGUAGUGUGGAUUUAUCUUGAGCUAGUGAUCCAAAACAUCUAACACCCAGUCCCAGGUCCCGAGCGAGAUCGACGGAGCUGAGCCAUGACUGCCGCCUUCGAGACGGCCACCAGCCCCGGCGGCGUUUCCGCCGCCGUCCCGGUCGUGGACCUGUCGUCGCCGGGCUCCGCCGGUGCCGUGGCCAGCGCCUGCGGCAGGCUCGGCUUCUUUAAGGCGGUCAACCACGGCAUCCCCGUCGGCCUCGUGCAGAGGCUCGAGGCCGAGGCGCUGGCCUUCUUCUCCCUGCCCCAGAACGACAAGCUGCUCAGCUCCUCCGAGUCCGACGCGCCGCUCGGGUACGGCCACCGGAAGAUCGGGACCAACGGGGACCUGGGGCUGCUCGAGUUCCUGAUGCUCUCCGUCGGCUCCAACUCUGUCACCACCUCGCGCUGCCCACCCUACAUGCUGGCGGAGUACAUGAGCCGUGUGCAGGAGGUGGCCCUGAGGGUGCUGGAGCUGAUGGCGGAAGGGCUGGGGAUGGAGGACACCAACGUGUUCAGCCGCAUGGUGCAGCGGGACGGCCGCGACGUGCUCCUGCGGGUGAACCACUACCCGCUGGCGAUGCGGCACCAGGCGGCGGCGGGCGGCGCCGUGGGGUUCGGCGAGCACACGGACCCGCAGAUCAUCUCAGUGCUGCGCUCCAACUCGGCGUCCGGCCUGCAGAUCGCGCUCCGCGACGGCAGCUGGGUCCCCGUGGAGCCCGACCCGGCGUCCUUCGUCAACGUCGGCGACUCCAUGCAGGUGCUCACCAAUGGGAGGUACCGGAGCGUGAGGCACCGGGUGGUGGCCGGGGCGGGGGCCGGGGAGCGGGCGCGGCUAUCCAUGAUAUACUUCGGCGCGCCGGCGCCGGCGCCGUCGGAGAGGAUCGCGCCGGUGCCGGAGCUGAUUGGGGACGGGGAGGCCAGCCGGUACCGGAGCUUCACGUGGCGGGAGUACAAGGCGGCCGCCUACAGGAGCAGGCUCGCCGACCGCCGGCUGGAUGGCAUCCAGCUCGACGCCCAGGGGUCGCCCGACCCCGACGACGAGCCAUGAUGAGCUGCUGAGCCAUCUUAUUACCAACACACAUAUGCACCGAGAUUGUGUAACAAGCAACGUCGAGUUGGUUACUUGGUUUGGCCUGCGGCCUGCUUGUUCCGAAAAGUGCUAAGCGUUGUGGACUGUAAUAUGAAUUACAUACAGGUGAUGAACCAAAGGCAACUUUUUUUUUUUUGAUAAAACUGUAACCUGUAUUAGACAAGGAAACCGUACACAAGCACAGAACAAAUACAGGCACCCCCUAGAAGGAUACAGGAGGACAGCUGUCCCAACCAAUUUGCACAAAAGUCCCUACAAAAAAA